AUGGAUCGGCCGGCGCUGGCGCCUUCCUCGCCGGACGCUGACCUCCUCAGCGACCUACCCACGGAGACAAUAACGUCUAUUUGCGAGUAUCUCGAUGGGAACGACAUGAACAACUUUAGAUUGGCUUCUCGGACAAUUCACGCAAAGACUUAUCGCGGCUUCUUCGAUUAUCAUUUCGAAGUCACCCAUGUUACCUUCACUAGAGAAGGCCUCGAGAGGCUUGUUGGUUUCGCGAAGGAUCCGAAGAUCAGUCCUUCUGUCAAGGCAAUUGAAUUGAUUUUGGUGGCGUUCCCUAACCGUGGGAAGCAGUGUUUGACCGGAAAAUCAGUUAUUAUUGAAGAGCGUGAUGGACAGAUCGAGAUCUGGGAGGAUGGGGAGUCCACAACAAAAAUGCAGCAGGGUAGCGCAGAGAAACCCGGUGUGAAGACUCCCCAGAAGACACUUCGUCGAGCCCGGCGCCGCAUCUACAGUCACUACCAGCACGACCUGAACAACAUCAGAAGAAGGGGGGUGGAUGUUGAGCUACUCACUGAAGCUCUCCGACAUCUCCCCGCACUCAAGAAUAUCUGGUUGGUUGACAGUAUUCCUGACUAUCAACAAGUGUGGGGCCUGAGGAAGAUUAUCAUUGGUCUUGGUAUGAUGCCAUUCAGUGCUUCCAUGCGAUCUUGGGUGCCUCCAAAGCACAAUAGCUAUGAAUCACGAUUCGAGGUGGAACGCGAGCUCAAAGCAAUAGGAGCCCAUGGUGUUGGUGUCGUACUGGGUGCCAUCUAUCGGAGUCGGAUCACGUUCAGCGGCGGUCUAAUAUUGAAAGGCGUUCCGUACGACAUCGAAUUCUCCAAGACGCCCGAUUCUCGCCAACUCUCACCUUCUGCUACGCCAUCAAAGACCUUUGCCAUGAGCCAGAUUGCCGAGAUGAAGUACUUGUCCCGUAUUCGAUUUCUCCAUGUAGUCACAUUCCAUUAUGCGCAGAGGAGAGACGCCGCCGAUCCGCAUGACGCUUAUAGGUUCGAGUGGCUGUACCAAAUUCUUCCGAGCAUGAUCAGCCUUGAAUUUCUGGGCAUUCAAUGCGGGGAUCCAAUACAUGAGGCCGCUAACUUGGGAAUUCUCGAGGACCUGAACCAGCGUUCUAUAACACUUCCGAAGCUGUAUUGCCUAUUGAUGGACAAUAUGGGCAUUGAGACCCCUGCCUUGAUAAGUUUCCUCGAUGCACACCGGGGAACACUUCGACGGCUUCAUCUCGACAAUAUCAACCUUUGUGUUGUCGUUCCAAUGGAUGGUCUUGGCGAUUCUACGUUACUCUUGCUCGUGCCUUGGUUGGAGCGCAACAAUUGGAACAUUUUUGGAUAUUGCUUCAUGAACACGAACUUGAUCAGUUAUAACCCUAAUAUUCUAGAGUUCCGUGAGGGGUUCCGUGCCGUUCGUGGCAUCCGCGACAUCCCUCUAGGUUCGUGA